AUGAUGAAUAUUUGACCAACUAGACCCAACGCCUAUUAGUCGGCUUAAAAAAUGUGAAGGCCAAAGCUUAACAUAGAAAUUGAAAUCAUUAAUGAUUUGUCAUCUAUGUCUGUAUAAAGAGACUAGAAAGAGUAUUUUGAAGCAAUGGAAAUGGGUUUCUCAAGGUUGUUGUUUUUCUUUUAUCCCGCUUUCAUUCAACUAGUGUUCGCCAUGGCACAGCCAAAUUCGCUGUAUUAUGGUUGUGGAAUAAGUGGUAAUUUUACCACUAACAGUACCUACCAAUCAAACCUUGAUCGCACCCUUACCUCCAUCUCCUCUGAUACUAAAAUCAACUACGGGUUUUACAACGAUUCAUCAGGCCAAAACACCAAUAAAGUUAAUGCAAUUGCACUUUGUAGAGGUGAUAAAAAGCCUGAUAUUUGCCGUAGUUGCAUAAAAAACUCCAGCCAGGGGCUGAGGAACCUCUGCCCCAGCCAGAAGGAGGCUAUUGGUUGGUCUGAUGAUUGUAUGUUGAGGUACUCAAACCGCUCCAUAUUUGGCAAGAUGGAAUUUAAUCCUCAACUUAUUCUGUACAACGUUAACAACGUCUCCGAAGUAACCCAAUUCAAUCAGGUGCUAAACCCUCUUUUAGCCAGCCUGACCAGUCGAGCUGCGUCUGGCGAUUCCCUUCGUAAGUUCGCAACUGGUAAUGCAACUACAAAAAAUAACCAAACCAUAUAUGCACUAGCGCAGUGCACUCCUGAUUUGUCUAAGGAGCAAUGCAGCGGUUGCUUAAUUAACGCCACUGGAUUGAUUCCACAAUGUUGUGCUGGGAAGCAAGGCGCCAGAGUUCUUACACCCAGCUGCAAUUUUAGGUACGAGAUAGAGCUUUUCUAUGACUCCGUGGGUGAGGCCAUGCCACCAUCACCAACACCUCUGCCGGUGCCGCCACCAUCACCAACACCUCUGCCGGUGCCGCCACCAUCACCAACACCUCUGCCGGUGCCGCCGCCAUCACCGCCAGCUGCUCCGACGCCUCAAACACCGACUGGUAAAAGCACAACAGGAAAAGCAAGUAACAGAGCUGCAGGGGCUUUCAUCGCCAGUGUUUUUCUAGUUUUAUUUUGGUAGUAUCAAUUCAAUUCUGUAUAACUUACAACGGAGAUUAUCUUCUUGAAUAAUAACUCUACUUUAAGUUUA